CAGUACCGCCUUAAGACGUAAGCAGUGACCGACACCACCUUCCAGAACCUUCCCUUCAUACACCGUAUAAAUAAAAUCCAAUCUUCCAAUAAAUCCACUUUCAUCAACAAUUCAACACCUAAUUCAAAACGAUGUCGUAUCCUCCAUCGCUGGAAUUCGAAACAUUCAUCCGUGAUUUCAUCACAUCACACGCCACAACAAUCUUCGCCGCUGUACCUCCGCCGCACGACGACGGCACCGUCGAGCCACUCAUCUUCACCCUUCACUCCAAUCUACUAACAAAUCCGGCGAAAGAAGGAGCGUUACCGGCGUCAAAAGCGGCAAUAGAGGCGUUACCGACGGUAACAGUAACGGAACAAGAAGACUGUGCGAUAUGUUUAACGGAGAUGUGUUUGACGGAGUACGAAGCAAAAGAGAUGCCGUGUAAGCACCGGUACCAUUCGGAUUGUAUAACGAAGUGGUUAGGGGUUCAUGGAUCGUGUCCGGUGUGUAGGUAUGAGAUGCCGGUGGAUGAGGAGGAGGAGAAGAAGCGGAGGGACGGUGCUGUAGGGUGGCAAGUGACGGUUACGGUGGUGAGGAGUGGUUCGGUGGAUGAACCGGAUUUGAGUGGGUCGGGUUCAGUUGAAGAUGUGGAUGUUGAGAUGGUUGGUGGUGGGGGUAAUCAUAGCAUGGAAGAUUUAGAUUAGGGUUUGGAUUAGUUUUUUUUGGGUAUUGAAAGGGGAAAGUUAUAUGUGUAGACAUAUAGUUAGGUUUUUAUUUGUUUUAUUUUUUAAGUUUGAUUUUGAUGAUUUAACGAAGUUAAAUUUUCUGAUUGAACAUUGUGAUUAAGUGGGUGUUUUGGAAGGGGAAAGUUAUAUGUAUAGACAUAUAGUUAGGUUUUUAUUUGUUUUAUUUUUUAAGUUUGAUUUUGAUGAUUUAACGAAGUUAAAUUUUCUGAUUGAACAUUGUGAUUAA